AUGACACGAUCUGGGGAGGUUUUGUUCGAUAUUGGGGAUCUUUUCGUUAUCGACCAACAUGAUCUUCAAAAUGGGUUUGUCUCUCUCGUGAAGUAUGGAGUCAACGGAGAGCCAGUUCACCAGCUAAAGGUGAGGCCUUGGAAUAUGCCAGCUGUCAUGAGGGAGCUAGGUAUGCGUUGUACCAUCGAUGCUCAGAUAGAUUCCCUGCGGUCUAUGCAGUUCUUGGCCUCUAAAGUAGAAAUCGACAUGGAUGCUCCCAUAUUGGAGAUCUUGCAAAAAGAGAAGGAUGCUCGACCUAACAGUCCGAUACACAAGUCAAAAGAUCUUGCCCAAGAUGUUGAAACUUACGCCCCAGGGUAUCUUGAUAUGGAAAAAGAGGGCCGUGGCGCCGAAUACAAUCUUGAGGAGUUACUAGAAACUUUUCAAGAAGAUGAUAUACUCCUGAUGAAGCCGAAUGACUGGCUAAACUCGAUGAGGCCGGGUCGAGCUCAAUGA